AUGUUUAUAAGGUCAAGGCAAGAACUUUCGCUCUUUAUGCGAUUCCCAAUGAGACGCAGAGCCUUAUCACAAAGUGAUGUGUAUUUCAAUGAAGAAUUCCUACCGAAUCACGAUCCAUGCCUUAAAUCGCAGGAUUGGCCUUUAAGUGAACUGGUUGAAACUUCGCAUAUUCUAUUGGAUGAGAGAACCAGUGCCAAAAGAUUUCAACAGCUUUACUCCCAUCUUAAAUUUGCAUACACACAAUUACAGGAAUCACAUGUUGAUUUAGAGUCGCGGUAUACCAGUGCACUGCAUGAAUGGCUAAACGAGAAGAAGUUAUUGAACCUUGAGUUAAUAAGACUUUCCUCUGAGAAACGUGAACUCGAGUUACUGUGCAUUGAACUUCAAAAGAGUGCACUCUCACCAGAGAGUCUUGAGCUGAUAAAGUGUAAGAUUGGGAAUGCACUAAAGAAGAAAUCUGAAGAUGAGCUUGCCAGCGCCACCAAAGAGAUUGAAGUUGCGCGGACCGAAUGUCUUUAUGUAACAGAAGAGCUUGAGAAACUAAAGACUGACUACGAGCAACUUCGGGCACGCUCAAAAUCUGUUCGGGAAAUGGAAGUUCUUCUCCGAGAAUCAGAGCGUCAGCAUAUAGCUGAGUCUCAUGACGAAGUCGUAACUCGCCUCUCUUCUCUUCUCGGGUCGGACACGGAAACCCUGGCUGCCCUGUAUCGCGAAAACUCACAGAUGUGCGCACAGUACCACCUCGUUGUUGGUGAGGCGGAGAAGUCAAAACGUCUUUAUGAUACACAGAUGUGUGAACUGAAGAAUGAGCUGAUACGUGCUAUAGAAGAACUAACAGCAGCGAAGACGGAUAGGGCCACGCUGGUGGCAAAAUGCGAGUCCUUGAGUGAAGAGAUGGAAUUGCUUGUUAAAAGCCUGGCCAGCACCCAGGCUGAUCUGAAGGCUGCCCGUCAGCGCAUAGUUGACUGUGAGCGAGCAAAGUUGAGCUCGGAGAAGCAUUUCGAGGGGCGAGUGCAAUGCUUAAGAACGGAGUUGAACGACUGCCGGUUGGUAGCCCAGCGGGAGCGAGUGGAAGUAGAGCGCCAGCGUGAUCAAUUGGCUUUCCAAGUCCAAGGCAAGUAUCUUGCCAGUCAAUUGGCUGUGGCCAUAGCCAAAUUCGAAGAGGUCGAGAUAUUGCAUCAACAGCGUGAACAGGAAAUGGCGCAACGGGAGUCAGAUCUUCGAAAAACUAUGGUUGAUUCCACUGAGGAGUCGAGAAAUCGCUCUGCGGAAAUGCUUCGACAAUUGGAACACACGCAAUCACGGUUUCGUGAAUUAACAGCUCAGCACAAAGAUAUAACACAGGCCUUGGCUGAGUCGGAGACAUUAAGGACUGAGACCCAGAAGAAGCUUUCGUUAAGUGAGGCACAAAACUCAGCAUUGAAAGAUGAAUUGGCGAUGGCUAGACAUGAACUUAGAGCCCAGCAAAAUCAAAUCCAGAGUUUAGAACGUGCACUAAAGGAAAUUACUUCUACAGAUGAACAAAUUCCUGAAAAGAAGCUAAUCAUAUCAAUGAAGGAUUAUGGUGAUGGAGGCGACCGGCUCUGUGAAAUGGCAGGUGUCAGAGAGGCAUACCUGAGGUUACUGGAGAAAUUCAAAUCAGAAAGGGUGAAAUUGAUUGUAAACAUUCGCCAACUUAAUGCUGAACUGAUCGCGAAGAGCUGUGAAGCCGAACAACAUCGCCAAGAAAUUGAAAAAUUGAGUCUCAAAAGGUCAAAAGGCUAUCAAAAAACAUGUGGUACUAGCGUAGAUCGGUGUUGGGACACCUACGGCCUGGCGCCAAAGCCGCGUUGCGGUACUCUGAUAGUCCACAUGGUCAAACGACGAGUAAGACAAACUGGCAAGCCAACAGAAUUCGUGUUUAGUGGCGGAUGCAUGUAUCUUACAAUGAUAAAAACACUGUCCAUUGAGCAAAAGUUCCAUGACCGUUGUCUUUCACAGAAAUCUACCAAUUACGGCUUGAUAAUCAGUGGGUCCGUCAAGGAGGACGAGUGCGUUUUCCUCCUUCUUGCAUCUACUGAAAAAGACCUCACUAACAUUGACACCAUUAACACAUCGGAAUUAAAGCUUGAGUGCCAGAAAAUAUGCCGUAUGCUUCCUGCUGGUUUAAGAGUAUCUGGUGUCUACUACUGCGGAUUUCUCAAUUUCACUAAAUCAAGUGCACGAAUUAGAGAGAUAUUGCAUGUUAUUCAAUUGGCCGAAAAGCAUCCACUCACAGACAAGUUUGCCCCUUUAACCGAUCGUGAUAAGCUUUUCCUUCAAGUAGAUCCUCUCACUAAGAGCUUCAUUGCCAAAGCAAUUGGCUUCUCUCACCCAAAGGACUUUUUGCGGCCAGUUGAUGUGAGAGUCCGACAGGUGAUAGAUAGGUGGAGGGGCAUUAAGACCCACAUCAAUCUGACAUUGGAGGCUUACCUUCCAGCCGAACGACAGAAGGAGAAGAUUCUUCAGGAACUGGAGGGAGCUGCGACGCCAUUCCUGGAGGCCAUUACCAGAAAGACACGACUUCUUGUCGAUGGUGACUUGAAAUGCGAGUCGGAUCCCCUCUUCCACAAAAAAUCCAUCGCAAAGGUUGCUCGUCACUCAAAGCGUCAUAGAGGAACAAAGGCGGAGUUCCAGAGUUUUUCCGAGGCGGCGCAGAAUCUUUCUAACUCCUGGGAUUCCGCAAACUUUGUCCUAUUCGGCCCUGAUUUUCUCUCUUGGAAGCGAACCAGCUCCUGCUCGUCGAUUGACUCGGGCCACUAUUCGGACGCCUUGGCCAUGCCCAUCGAUAGCCCGCCGCGUCCAGAAGGCGACAAGAUCCUCACCAUCCAUGGACGGAUUCCUGGUCUUGCCUUCCUCCCCGUUGAUGGCACGACUGUCGCUGAUGCGCUCAAGGCCUUUCAGCGGGAUCUAACACACAGCAUUCUAGUGCGCCUCGAACUCCUCACCGAAGAAUUGCAGAUAAGCAGCGGUGAAAUGGAGUGUGGUCGCAUUCUCUUGCCUUCACGAGUGUUGGUGCGUAUUCCCGCAUGCCCGGCGUGUCCUCUGUCAGACUAUAAGUUCGUUUCUGAGACUCCUGACGACGUGGUGCGUCGAGUGGCGCUCUUCUGUCGUCCUCUUGGGAGUGCCACGCCACCCGCCUUGCUGCGCGCUGGCGGCGGCAUCAGCAGUGGCGAUCGCCUUUCCACUGCCGACAGCGGCGAGUUCUCCUCUGACUUGGAGUUCAAUGCCACUGAGGUCGAUGCUGAGGAUGACAAAGUGGAAAACGAGGGGGUGGUUAUUGUGGCUCUGGGCAACGCCAACCAGAUGGGCAUCGAAGACGCUGAACCCGUCUUCGGCGUCGCGUGUCUGGACACCGAACUGGAGCGGACUUUUGAUGCUGGCUCUACAGAUGGUGAACUCUCGGACCGUAAUAUCAUCACUGAUAUCGAGGUGAUGGCCCAUUCCGUCUCACGGUCAAAGGGUAAAAUUCUCUUUGUCGGAAGUGCAAUCGCAGUAGCCAUUCUCAGUCUCAUCGCUUCCAUCUACCUGGGUCUUCUACCAGUCUGA